AUGGAGCUAGCUACCUUGCAUGGUUAUUGGAAUGGAAUGCCUUUGUGUUUCGGUGGAGACUUCAACGAUAUAAGAUACAUGGUGGAGAGGAGGGGUUGUCGUAGAGCUUCGAACUCAAUGAAAUUCUUUGAUGACUUAUGGAAUGAGUUGGAUCUUGUCGACUUACCUCUGUCCGGUGAGAAGUAUACUUGGAGUAGGCCACCUAAUAAGAAGAGCAACAUUGACCGUUUUCUUUUCUUGUCGGAUUGGAAAGAUCAUUUUCCAAAUAUCAACUUCAAGCGACUUGCAAGACCUUUUUCGGAUCAUUUUCCCAUUGAGCACGGCGAGUGGAUGUUUUUCAAAGAAGUUACAUGCUUCGAAGGAGAAAUUGAAUGUGUGGGGAAUCGAGACGUCUCUGGGAACAUUGAUAGGGCAAUUGACUUGGCACUUACCAAGAUGAGAGAGUUAGAUGAACUAGAUGAUGAAAGGGGUCUUACCGAAGGUGAAGAAGACAUGCUUGUGACGUCUAAAAUGGAGUUUGACGUGGCUCAUCGUCGUCAAAGAAUAAUGAUGCGGAAAAAGUCAAGAAUUAGAUACUUUCGAGAUGGAGAUAGAAACACCAAACAUUUUCAUCGAGUAGUGAGGGGUCAUAAAGCUUUUAACAACAUCAAUAACCUUCGUAUCAAUGGUCGAUAG